AUGGAUAAAACCAGGCGUAUAGUAGAAAUAACAGGAUUCUUUAAGCUCCUCUGGCUGGCUGGCUGGUGGAGUUUAUUUGCGCUGAACCGAGCCCACGUUGGUGUGAAACCCCCAGGGUUCGCAACUUCGUUCACCCACCCUGGCUUUCGUCUGUUCACCUCAACUCAACCUCGCCUCAGGCAACAAUCCUCACAUUCUCCUCACCCUUCAUACAACCUCACACCCUCCAUCCUUCAACCCUCUCAACAUACCCCCGUAGAUGGUUUGCAACUUCUAGUUCGUCUCUCGUCUCGCUUUCCUGCCCUCUCGACCAACGAGGUCAUCACCCACCACAGUGAAUCUUCAUCAUCACCAGUGUACCUUUAUCCCUCCCUUGUCUUCUGCACUAUUCCCUUCCCUUCUCCUACCGCUAGCUACCCGAAUCCCAGUGUUAAAACACUGCCAACUCACCUGGGCUACACUUCCAUUCAUACCCGUAUUUCCCAUUCACAGCCCACAAUCUCCGCAGCGCCUAUUCCUCUAUCUCUAUUGUGCGUUUUUAUCUAUACGGUACUAACCGUUUCUCCUCUCUCCUCUGCAGACAAACUCUUGGUACCUUUGUCUGAUAUUUUCCUUCCGUCUCUUGCGCAGCAAUCGACCCCCAUUUCUUUGAAACCACUUAACCUCCCCUCUAAGUCAGUCGGGAUCUUACACAACUCUAGCCAAUUCUUCCAAUCGGGGAGUUUGGUACGGUGUGAUGAGAUAGACGGAACUCAGGAGUCUCCUUUCGGAUAG